AUGAUAACCAAUGGGAUUCUACAAAUUCAAGCUAAAAAAUUUGCAGAGUUAUUAGAUAUCAGUGAAGAAAAUUUUAAAGCAAGCCAAGAUUGGUUAGACAGGUUUAAAAAAUGGCAUGAUAUUCGAAGAUUCAAGAUCCAUAGAGAAUCAGAAAGUGUGUCUACUGAAAAACUUCCUGAAUAUAGACAACAAUUGGGCAUUCAGAAGGAAAACCUUGGUGUAAAAUAUGAUGCUAGUCAAAAAGCAUGGAUGACAGAAAGUUAUGAAUCUUCUCACAUUAGGCUGCAUCUUUUACUACCUUAUACGACAUCUUGCUUGCAACCAUGUGAUGCUGGAAUUAUCUAUACAUUUAAAGCUUACUAUCAGAAAUUAUUUCUUCAAAAUCUAGUAAAUGCUCUUAAUAAUAAAGAAGAAAUACCCAAACUUAGUAUUUUAGAUGCAAUCAAGUUCAUUACAGAAGCAUGGGACAAUAACUGGUCAAAUUUGAAUGCUAGAGUUAGAAAUAAAAUUGAAAAUGAAGUUGAAACUAAAGCCGAAAUAAAAGCUGAAGUUGAAAGGGAAGCUGAAUUGAAAGAAGCUGAAUUUGAGGAAGUCGAGACCGAAGUUGAGGAAGUCGAGACCGAAGUUGAGGAAGCCAAAGUCAAAGAAGUCAGAGUCGAAGAAGAGGUUGAACAGCUUAUUCUUAAAAUUCCUUAUCACCUUAUGCGAGUAAUAACUGCUAAUAAUUAUAUCGAGCCUGAUAAUAAUCUUGAAACAGAAGAGGUUACUGUAAAUAAAGCUGCCAUUAUUGAAGAGAUUUGUCAUCAGUCUGAUUUCAGUAAUAGUAAUGAGGAUAGUGAUGUUAAAAUUGAGAAAAUUUCUCAUUCUGUUGCCUUGGAGCAAUGUAAAUUACUUAUAUUAUAUGUAGAACAACAGGACCCCAUGAAAUUUGUGAAAGAUCAAAACCUACCAGUAUUACAAAAUUUGUUAAAAUGA